AUGUUUUCAUAAGCUUUCAGAAGAGAUCAAUAACCUUAAUAAUAGUAACCAUAACCAUUAGGCAUUUCAUUCCAUAAGUAAAGUUAAUUAGUUAAUUGUAAGCCUAACAAACAAAAUCCUUUUCUCAAAAUUAAUAUGAAAAAGAGAAUAUAAGCUAAUUUCUUGGUUCAACAAAAAGAUAAAAUUUAAAUGAAUCCUUCUAUUAAGAAUAAUAAGUACCCCAAAUUUCAGAAGUUUAUAGAAUAUUGGAACAACUAUAAUAAAUGAUGGUAGUCAAAUUCAAUGACUUCCAAAAUGUAAUUAAUGAAUAAGAAAAAGCCAUUAGACCUUUAAUUGAUUAGAAUACUUAAUUAAAUAACUAAUUAACUAAUGUUCUUUAGUAAAGUGAAAAAAUACUUUCAUAACUCACUGUUAAUCUUGAAAAGAGUGAUUAGAUUAAUAAAAGAAAUCAAAAGAGAAAAAGUAAUGAGGGUUAAGAAAAUGAUUUAGGAGCAGUUCAAUUAUUACUAAAAACAUUAGAUGAUAGAUUGAAUAAUUUAUCAAAUGAAGUAGAAAUGAUAGCAGAAACUAAUAAUAGAUUUCAAGUUCAUGUGAGGAUAUUGUGAACAUAGAUAAAUUAGAACAUCGUGAAAAUAUGUAGAGAGUAUUACAAGAGAUGGAUAAAGCAAAAAGGUCCUUAUCUAAAAAAAAAAAACGUUGAAUUUAAUUAUAUAUAUAUAUAUCCAUUAUCAUAAAAAAGAUUUGUAUUAACUUGAGAAUGUUCUUUAAAAUUAUUUAUAUGAUGAUUAAGAAGUAAAUAAUAAUGUUGGUUUACAUUGUGUUUUUGCUACAGCUAGUCCUGUUUUAACAACAGGAGUAAAAAGAUAUUAUGGAAAAUUGACAGCAUAAAUAAAAGCAGAAUUAGAGAAGAAGAAAUAAAAAGAAAGAUUAAAACGAUUAUAAUAAGAAUAAGAAGCAUAAAAAUAAUAAUUUGAGAAUUAAUUUAAUUAAAGUACUGUUUAAAUUAUAGAUGAUAAAUAGGUUGAAGAAAAGUAUUUUGAAUAAUAAAUUGGUGAGAUUAAAUUACAAAAAGAAUAAGGAGGAUUUUAAGAAGAAUUAAAUUAAGAAGAUUGGGAAUAAGAGGAAGAGAAAUUAAAAUAAGAAUUAAAUGCAUUUCAUUCAUUUGCUGAUAUGAAAGAUUCAGAUUUUCCAGCUUUUCUUACAAUAAAAAAAUUAGUAUUAUUGGUUGAUGGAUCAUUAGCAAAACCAUUUUUUUCUCGUACUUAAGAUAAGAAAAUUUUAAGCUCUGAUACUCAUGCAUAAUGGAGUACUGAAAAUACUGGAGUUAUUUUAUAAAUUCAUACAGAAGAGAUGAAGAUUAAGAGAUAGAAUAUGAUGAUGAAGAAUAUGAAACUUUAUUUGAUGAAAAUGAAUUAAAUGUUGAUGAUAUGGAUGAAUAAUAACUAGAAGAAGAAUAUUAAAGAUAACUUUAUUUAAUGA